UCCCAAAACCCGCCCCCUAAUCAGGCCCUGUCAGUUCAAACCCUCUGGACUCCUGAGGGCCCGACCACCAUCUAUCAGAUGCAAGCUGAGGCCAUCGCCGCGGAGUGCGUCUCCUUCAACUUCCCGGCAAGUUUUCCAAAUCCUAGCCUUCAUAUUGCGUUGUCAUAGAAAUGCUAGGUUGUGAUUAAGAAUCGUAAGGAUCGGUGAGAAGAGUCACUGGCUGAGAAAACGCUUAACGAUCACAGUCUAGAACUUAGGAUAGUGAAAAUUUCUGAUUCACCUUGGAUCAGUAUCCUUUUCUUAUUCAGAUAUGAUACUGCUGUGUUGGUCUUCACUUGAUGGCUGAUGGAAAUGACGAAAGCGCUAUGGAAGUUGCGUACCAGACAGACACAAAUAUGGACGAGAAACAAAAGCGGGAGGGGAAGUCGAGAUCAGUUGUCUGGCAGCAUUUCACGAAGCUCAUGAAGGAGGACGGGACAUAUGAGAAAUGCAAGUGCAGCCACUGUAACAAGGUUUUUGCUUGCGCAAGCAGGUCUGGGACCACCAAUUUACUACGCCACCUAACUGAAGGUGGCUGCCCAGUCGUGAAGCUCGACAAAAAGGGUUGCUCAGAGCGGAAGGCGGUCUCUUUACCAUGGAAGUAUGAUCAUCAAGCACCUAUUGAACAGUCAGUUGAUAUGCACGAGGAGGUAUUGCCCGUGGGGAUGCCUUAUGUUUGCUCAAAUGGUGAAUUUGUGGGCCCUUCUUAUGGUAAAAGUCCCAAGACACCAUCUGGAAAGUCUCAAACUAGCGGAGGAGAUGCAUGGAUGAAUGAGUUGAAGGCUUGUUUAAGUAGCAUCAGUAAACUCAUUAAUGAACAUCUUCCAAAAGGUACGUGCUUAAAGACUUCACUGGACAUGGGUGGUCCUGACACUUCGAUAUUUAUUGCCAUUAAGUGUUUGAAUGAGAUGGAAGACAUCCCCCAAUCAAGCGCCAUGUAUCUAGAUGCCCUUGACAUCCUAAGGGAUCCUGAAGAAAGGGAAUGUUUUGUCUGUUUAAACCCGGAGCCACGUAGGAGAUGGCUUCAGAGGAUGUUGCAUCGCUAUCAACCCUUAAACUAUAAUGAUCACAUUUGACGAUGUAUAUAUCAAAUGUGUAAAAUCCUGACAAACUGGGGACUGCAUAGCUCUUGGAAGGUUGUGAAGUCUUGCUUCUACGGGUUAAGACAUGAAUAUCGUCCAAAAAAAUAAAACAGGCAAUCCCUUUGAACAGAUUUCUUUCCCUCACCAGUUCUUGAACUGUUCUCCGCCAUGACUAGUUAACAUAUACCAGUAUUAGCUUAACAAUGCAAAACUGGGGAAUCUCAUGGAUAUGCUAAUAUUUGAAGGCUUAGUGCUCUGUAGCAGAAUAGCAAACCAAAUGUUAUUGGAAAUGUGAAGAAGUGUUUGCUCUUCAUAAUUUGCUCGCCCUAUUGUCCUUAUGUUUUAUUGCUUUUCGUUUAUUUUAGAAAAAAAACAGUUGUUAGUGUGUUGCAAUAUAAUUAUUUUAGUUCAGAUAUUUAAGCUUAUUUUGCAUGGAAAUCCUUAUAGGGUUAAACUUUGGAGUGAAGAAUUGUUUUUCGUCUAUUUUUUUUUCUUUGGAAAGUUCAUACUAAUAAUCCUAACUAUU